AUGGGUGCUUCAGAAAAAUGGGUUAAAGCUUUGAUAGGACUCAGACAACCUGAUAUAGACGACCAUCUAAAGAUAGAAGCUUUGUUUUUUUCCCUCAAGGACAAAAUGAGAGGAAAGAACAAGAAAUGGAGGCUAUGGAGUAGUUCAUCAGGUGAUAAAGGCAAGAAGAGCUUCAAGGGCUUUGAAAGGAUUGGUGAGACUUCAAGCUCUAUAGUUCGAGGCCAGCAGGUCCGGAAGCAGGCUGCCAUUACUCUUAGGUGCAUGCAAGCUUUGGUUCGGGUACAGGCUCGGGUGAGAGCUCGUCGUGUACGUAUGUCUAUAGAGGGACAGGCUGUGCAACAGAUGCUUGAUGAAUGCCACAGCAAGGCUGAUCGCUUGAAACGAGCUGAGGAGGGGUGGUGCGACAGUAGAGGAACACUGGAAGAGGUUAAUACAAAGAUACAGAUGAGGCAAGCAGGAGCUGCUAAGAGAGAGAAGGCAUUUGCAUAUUCUCUUGCUCAAAAGGUAAGAUUGAUGGAACAAUCUCAGACUGACCAUUUGGAAACAACUCCUCUAUCUAAGACCUGCGUAGAUUCUACCAAGGGCAGUCUCUCGAGGUUAUCUGAACAUAGUUCAGUGAAAGUCAGAAAGAACAAUGUCACAAUGCGAAUAUCAGUAAAGCCUCCCCAAGUUGGACAAACUACUCACUCAUCUUCAAGCCCGAGUUCUGUUUUCAGAUAUGAUGAAAGUUCGGCUUCAUCUUCAAUUUUCACAUCUACAACUCCAGUUUCUGGAAACACCAUGUUUGCAUCAGAUAGAACAGAAGAGAGCAAUAAUGUAAGGCCAAGUUAUAUGAACAUGACAGAAGCUACCAAGGCCAAGCAGAGAAAUCCUAGAAUUCAAAGACAGUCCAUGGAUGAGUUUCAGUUUCUCAAGAAUUCGAUAGUUGUCUCAAAUGGGGAUCCAAAAAGCAAUGCCGGUUCUGAUAAUUCUCAAGAAAAUUGA